CUGUCACGUUCUCAGGAGGGAGGGCGUGGCACUUCCUCUGUGACAACCUUCAUCUUCUGCAGUAGUAGUCCCACCUAUAGCAACACCUCUGGGUCUUCAACAUGGCUGAUUUGUUGUGGGCGGCCGGAUGUGCUGGUGGCGUGGCGGCGGCGGGGCGCGACCCUGUGGCGGCGGCUGCAUGAGGGGCGGCGGCCAGCGGGUGUUGGAAGCUACGUGUGACGGGGGCCGCCACUCCCCCGCCAUUCCCUUCACCGCCCAAACCACCCAGCCCUACUCCUGCGUCGUGGUGCCGCACCCGCUCACGGCGCCCGCCUCCGCUUCUGCAGCGGCCGCGGUCGCCGCUGCCACUGCUGCCUACGCAUCGCCUCUGUCCCCCCCAGCCUUUCCCACAGGAGUCCCACCACCGCCCAUCGGCACGCCCUUAGGCACGCCACCUUCACCUUGCUACGGCAGCUGCAGCUGCGGCGCCUCCACGGCAUCGUCUCCUGGGGCGUGUCGCGUGCACGAGCGUGUGUUCACGUGCCCACCUCCCCCGCCGCCAGUGACGUGCGGUGCUACAGACCGUGAGAGUGUGGUGGGGGCACUCUCGGGGGGUGAUGGGGAUCUAGCCGUGCCCAUUAACGAUGACCAGGAGGUAUGGCACCCUAGGGACGAUACAUCGGAAGAGAUUAAAGAAGAAAGUGUUAAGGAGUUGUUACUGAGGCACUCGUGCGACGGGCUGGAUUUUAGCUGUAGCUUGAAGAGGCAGCGUGACAGUAUGAGUGAGUGUAGUGUAGGGUGCGAGCGGUGGAGGGCCCCCGACCACCACCGCCAAGACGGCCACCCAUGGCCCACCCUCAGUAACGCGCCUUUUGGCAGCUUGCAGAAGCAAGUGUCGAUCAUGAGCAUGAACCUGAGCGCCAAGAUCGAUGAGAUCCAGUGUCACCAGCACGCCGACACCAGCGCCGCCCUCCACGCCAUCAGGUCGCAGCUACAGGAGCUAACGAAGAGCGUGGAGAGCUGCCAGAGCGAGGUGGUCGAGGUGAAGCGGGACAUGGUGGCCAUCAAGCACGAGAUCGACACCCUGCAGGCGGCCAAGGAGGAGAUAGAGGAGCUGAGAGACGCCGUCGACAGGCUGGAGGAACAGACACGUCGCCGGAAGAUUCGCCUUCUAGAGCAGGCUACCUCUUUCUCCCCUACGCCAGCCUCUUGUGUGAUCCACUCUGUCAAUGUCUGGUCUUCAGGUACCAGUGGCCAGGGUUUAACCUGCUUCUUGUGCUACGCCAUCUUCGCGGCCGUGCUGGGCAUGUUCCAGUUCGGCUACAACACGGGCGUCAUCAAUGCUCCUCAGUCUGUGAUUGAGAACUUCAUUGGCGACUGCUGGAAGGAACGCUUCAAUAAAAAUAUAGAAGGCAGCAAGCAGGACUUACUAUGGUCGAUUGCUGUGUCUAUAUUUGCUAUUGGCGGAAUGAUUGGUGGCAUCUGCGGUGGAUCUGUAGGAAAUAAGUUUGGAAGAAAGAAGGGGUUACUUUUAAACAACCUCCUGGGAGUUGGCGGUGCCUGUCUCAUGGGCUUCUCACAGAUGUCCUACUCAUAUGAAAUGCUCAUCCUAGGUAGAUUGGUCAUUGGCAUUAACUGUGGUUUGAACACUUCUUUAGUGCCUAUGUACAUCAGUGAGAUAGCCCCGCUCAACCUUCGAGGUGGUCUGGGCACCGUCAACCAGCUCGCCGUCACCGUUGGUCUGCUCCUCUCCCAGAUUCUCGGCAUAGAGCAACUUCUUGGGAAUAGCAACGCAUGGCCAAUUCUCCUGGGUCUUGCGAUUGUUCCAGCCAUCAUGCAAAUGGUGCUGCUGCCGGUGUGCCCGGAAUCCCCGCGCUACCUGCUCAUGUCUCGCCAGUUGGAAGACGAGGCACGCAGAGCCCUGCGGAGACUACGAGCAUCGACCCACGUAGAGGAAGAUAUUGAAGAGAUGAGAGCGGAGGAAGCAGCUAGUCAGUCGGAGGCUCACAUGACUGUGUUCCAGCUGGUGCGGUCAUCAUCUCUCCGCAUGCCGUUGACUAUUGGUGUUGUGAUGCAACUCUCUCAGCAGUUGUCUGGCAUUAAUGCGUUGGUGCUGUACUACUCCACGUCACUGUUCACUGCUGCGGGCCUGGAGGAGUGGCAGUCCAAAUAUGCAACUCUUGGGGUGGGGUCGGUCAUGGUCAUAAUGACUCUAGUAUCGAUUCCGCUCAUGGACCGCGCUGGACGACGGACACUUCAUCUGUAUGGUCUCGGUGGCAUGUUUAUCUUCUCCAUCUUUAUCACCAUCAGCCUCCUCAUCAAGGAAAUGAUGGGAUGGAUGACAUUCAUCUCUGUGAUAAGUACGCUCUGCUUCGUGAUCUUCUUCUCGGUGGGUCCCGGCAGUAUUCCCUGGAUGAUCACAGCUGAGCUCUUUUCCCAGGGCCCACGGCCAGCUGCCAUGUCCAUUGCUGUUCUAGUCAACUGGCUCUCAAACUUUAUUGUUGGCAUUGGUUUUCCUAAAAUGCAGGAAACAUUUGAGAACUACACAUUUUUGCCGUUUAGUGUUUUGUUAGCCUGCUUCUGGGUCUUCACCUACUACAAAGUUCCAGAGACAAAGAACAAGACCUUCGAGGAAAUAGCGGCACUCUUCCAGAGAGGGGCUGAUAGGAGCACUUUGAAUUGUGUUAACACCUUGGGGUCGAAGCCCUUGGAGACCGAGCAUGCGGCACUCAUCCGCGAGCUCUCGGGUCGGGCGCAACAACAGUUUUGUGUGAGAGAGGUGGGCCCGCCCUGGCCCUCCCAUGCAACAAAACAAGCAGAUGCACCCUCAGCACGCUCUGACAGAAGCGAUGGACCCGGCGGCCUGGGGCGACGGGGGAGUGAUGGUAGCAAUUCCUGUGGAGGCAGCAGUAGGGCAGAAAGUGGGGUGAGUAGCUCCCGUGCCUCUAGCCAAGCCUCUAGUCAACCAGACAGCAGUGCCAGCAGUGGUCAGUCAGUGAUUGCCCAGACCCAGACCAUGCCUCAUCCAUCUGAUCCACCUGUAUGACUAGAGGCCACCACGCGGAUGUGAGGACACGCCCAGGGCUCAUGGCCGCCACAGGGCCGGCGGUCUGAGCCCUCUCCGGCACAUGUGGUGCCGGAGGACCAUCCUCCCGCGUGGCAUUCGCUCAAGCCCCGUGGCCGUGAACCAUCAUGGUCUCCGGAGCCGCCACCAUCCCCUGUUCGUGGGCCCCAUGGUGUGCUUCCACCAAGGCUGCGGGCAAGCCAAGAGGCCCUGGAAACCAAAGAUUGGCCCCCUCCACCCCAAGGGGUUGAAUUAGAUCAACUUGCAGCCCCUCCUCCCCCCCGCGCCUUUAUGCCUGGCACCUGGUCACCUCGGCCUGAGCAUCUACCUCUAACAGCAACAGGUGCUGUGACUGCAAGUAGAGGUGAUCCCCGAAGUCCUGGAGCACUUGCAGCAGCUUCUGUGGUAGGCGGUCCACAAGUAAUAUAUGAUCACCAUCCUGUGCGACAUGCAGUUGAUUGCCCUGCUCAUAGACUGGACAGUAAGCCAGAAAGUGGUCGGUCUAGUAGUCGACCUGCUAGUCGGCCAAGCAGCCGACCAGCCAGUCGGCAAGGUAGUAGAACAACUAGCCGACCUACCAGUAGGUCAGCUAGUAGAUCUGGAAGCAGGUCAGCCAGUAGGUCUGGACACAGAUCGGGUUACAGCUCGCCUGGAAGUGACCUGCGCUAGGGUCGCAGGUUCCUUAGGCCCUUAGCAGCCUUCUCCCCCAACGAGUCACUGCCCUAAACACGUGGUGUGCAGCAGCAGCAGCUGCAGCUGAGCCUGUGGGUGUCCCUGACAGACGACUCACUCCGUUACGCUUGCCCCAGCUUUCUUCAUGUUUGUUGCCUCUAGUGAUAGCUGGAGAUGGAGGGCCCUUUGUAAUAGUUCAGCGGAUCUGUAGACAAUCGAGGGAGCGAUGUGGCGGCUGUCCUGCAAAAGUGCCAUCCCACCUGUCGAACUGAAUGUGUCCAGGGUGUUGCUUCCCACCAUUAGAGGAGGAUACACCGGUACUGCCACCACUAAGAUCCCAGUUAACCAUACUAUUGAUCAUCCAGAACAUGAAAUGGUUUACAUCAUGGUUUAUACUCAUAAACUAUGCUAUACACAUAAAAUCUCAAACUCAUGUCUUGAAUGUAUUAAAUCUGGCUAACUGGUUCUUGGAUAUUUAAAGUAUUGGUGUACAGUGAGUGAUAUUAGUAAACAGCUCUGCAACACAGACAUUCAUACCUGGAUCAGAGCUCGAGAUGUAAUGAAGUUGUGGUAGGAUAGUACUGAAAAGAUUGAUGUAAAACUGUUCUGCAUAAAAGACAAAACAAUAACAGACACCAAUGUUUCCAAAAAGUGCCACAAAUAUAGAGUUAGUGGACUGAGCUCGCUCAAAUAAUGUUUAGGAAAUCCUAAAAGAAAUGACAUACAGUAUACUGCAGGCAGUGUAAGAGGCCUAGUAUUCACUGAUAUAAGUGGAUAUAUGAGCUAUAUAGAAAUUAUAAAGAGUAAGUGCCAGGAUGAUUAUUAUUUGUGAAAAAUUUGAAAAACAAACUUGGAAAAGUGCCAGGAUUACUACUAGCCUUCCAAGGUAAUGUAAUUUGGGGGAAGUGACAUGCUGAAAGGUAUUGGUACUUGGAAGACUGCCAGGAACACCUGUGAACAGAUAGUGAAGUAGCAGUGAUAUGCCGUCAGAGUGAACGCAACUGUGAGUGAAUCGUGUCAGACAGGCACAGAACAUUACCAAGUUAAUUUUACUUGAAAUAUGCAUAAUUUACAUGAUGCUUUACAAAAGAGGAAAUUGCUUGCUAAGGAAUCUCUAGGUUUUAGAAUUUCUGAUCAAACAGUAAUAUAAAUACUUAUUAGUUACAAUGUGUUGUUGGCAUUGUUGUUUAGUCAGACUACCAGGAUCUGCAGAGGAGCAUGGAUAGGAGACAAUCGGUGAGGUGGCCAUAUGACUGCACAAAUCUGUAGUGGUUUGAUGGGUGAAGCAAUACCCACCACCACCACUGACAAGAGACGAGUAGGGCUUAGUGCAAGUUGCAUCCCCAUGCCACCCACUUAUAUUGUAAAGAAAUAUGUGGAGAGGCCUAGAAUAAGCACUGCCCUGAUUUGCCCACCACCGCAGCUGACAUAGAGAGAGGAUCAGCUGCCACCACCACCCCCUCCAAUCUCUGGCCAGUUGUGGGUGGAGGCCUGGGUGCCACCUUCCCCAUUUGGUGCUCGGUGGCUGGGUUGUUCCUAACAGGGGGUGCUGGCUGCCCUUACAGUUUGCUUGGCUGCCUUGGUGUGGUGCACAGUCAGAUCUUGUUAGUUAGUAUGCUUUGUUCUACAAUAAAACUUAGUAUUUAAUUAAUGCAAUACAUUUUAAUGAAACUGAAUCUGGAUUAACAUUUAAUUUCAUAUUACCAACUAAUAUGUAAUAAAAUGGCUUUGCUGUAUCUUGGUGGAGAGCAUCAUCAUCCUCAUCAUCAUCAUCAUCAUCAUAUGUUGAUGUAUUCUGUGGCAGCUGCACUUGUGGUAGCCCAGUGACCUCCUGUUAGGUGGCCCUGGCACACACUGCUAUGUAGGCUCAGCGUCAAUCAUUCCUACAUUUGUAAAUCUUGAAAUAGGUUUCAUUAUGUACAUUCAGCUAUUAGAUAUUAGGGGAGGGAAUUAGUGAUUUGCAGAGUAUAUACCAUUUGAGAAUAGAAUGUGAGCACUUGACUGCAUUUCAUAACAUAUCAUGCUCCAUUGAACUUAAAGAUUUUUAUUGAAAAGGAGUCUUAUCAAAAUGAGUUCUUACUUGUCCAGAGUCACUGUAAAAUCUUGACUAGAUCAGCAAAGUCUGUGAAGGAAAAGCAAGAUUUAUACUGUGAAGUGAUACUAGUCAAGUUCCCAUUUAUUUUGGGAUCAUGAAGAUUAUUAUUGGUUAGCCUUAUCAAACCUCAAGUUGCAAUAUCAUUCAAGAAAUGCAGUAGCUAAAUUUCACAAAUUUUACAUGUUGAUACAAGUUUCAAGUUUUCUUGACAGCAAAGUGGCAAAAAAAAAAAGUUAUUGAAGCUGUUUUCUUCACCCAGAGCUUCUUUAAGAUUGAAAAAUUAUUCCAUUCAUUGUCUCUGGAAUUGUAAGAAUUUAUUUAAUUCUUAUUACAUAACUAAAAUACUUAUUGAUUUGUUUAUGGAAAAUGUUUUGAUGGCAUACUGUCAGAAUUACCAGAAUAGCAAACAAUUUGAAUUCUUAUUAAGUCACAAGCAGUCCCAUCAAGUCAGGUUGAUUUAUGUAUUAAGAGUUCUUUAAAAAAAUUCUAUGUAUAGAUAUUUUUGAGAUUUCCAUUAUGACUCAAAUGUCUGAGGUAAUUCAGAAUGAGUGGCACAUACAUAUAGUAAUGUAUAACAGAUAACCUAACUUAGCUUUUGCAUUAUAGUAAUAUAUAUAUUGAGCCAUUUUUAAUAAGGAUGAAAGUUGGGGUUUAAAAUAGUUAGGGAGACUUAAAAAUUUAUCUUUAACCUUUACACAAUUAUAGACCACGCUCACCGAUUUUUACCGAGUUGCUCGACAUGUGAUACAGAAAAGUUGUUAUUCUUGAAAGUUUGCUACAUUUUUUUAUUGCUUUGUAUGAUCAUUGGUCUAAAUUUACAGAAAAGGAUGAUAACGUGUACAGCAUGAGAAAAAGACGCAGUAUGAGAGACGUGCACGGUGUAAGUGAUAACCACAAAAGACGUGAAAUGUGUCAUCCACUCUCCAUUGAUUCUCUCCCCUCUGGUUUGUUUAUAGUGGCAUAGACUAUUGGGCUAGUUAAAAUAAUUUUUAUAGGGUUUAUGAAUUUCAAAAGGUUUCAGAUUUUAUGCUGAGUCCCCUACCUAAAACCUCACCACUGCCGCCAAGUGUAUGUGUCGUGUACCUGAUAAAGAGCAAAAUUGUUGAAUGCCAGGAUGAAUGUAUCAGUUAUCACACAGUGUGUAAAAACAGUAUUCAUAUUUCCUCAGUACAGUAAUUUAUAAUAUUUUUUGAAUUUCAUAUUUAUUCUCAUCUACUUUGCAGUGUUACAAAUUCACAGUUCUGAAUCAUAUACUGUAGUUUAGUCCUGUGUCUAACCAAGUUAAGACUACUUCAAAGAAUCACCAUCAUUAUGAAAGGUGUAAAGGGAACUAUGUAAGAAUAUAAUUAUUUUCAUUUUUUUUAAUACCUCUGGAUAAAUAGUGAAAAUGCAUAUGAGAGGUUGUGGUUGUAAUGCCCAUUGGGCAUGUGCAUAUGUGUAUGAGGGGACUUAUAACUUACGCCACAAGGCAGUUGUAAUGGUGGUGGUGGCGGCAGUGGGGGAGGCCCCUCUGUUAUGGAGCACUGUCAUCUCAGUGCCUGGAUGUGGCCGGCAGAACAACUCAUCUCAAGGUGUAGAUGGCACUGUUUCCCAACCCAGGUGUUUGGUAGCAAUGCAGCCAAUACCAUGAGAAAAACACAUGCACUGUUGAAGGGCAUGGGUUGUUGCAGAUACAUUACCCUUGCAGGAUACACAGGUACUGCCAAAUGCAACAUGUGAUGGGUUGCUGGACAAAGCUUAACCAGUUACAGCCCAUAUUACUAUGCUUGUGCCUGGAUGGUGGUGAUAGUUGACAAACCCUUUCAUUUAAGCUAUACUUAGAUAUGAGUGAUAAAGCCCCCUUCUCUAGAGUUCAUUGUAUUUGCUAAUGUAACUAUGUGAAAAUGGUCUUUCAGCUGUACUUGGUAGUUGUGAACUCAAUACCCAAGUACUCUUUGUGAUUACUUGCUCUUUAAGUAUCAGUGGAAAAAUUGGCAGUUACUAACAUCACAUUAAUUCCCUCUUCGCUCAUAUAAAGAUAAUACAGGUCAAUGCCAAAGGUUUGGAUUUUGACACAGGCUGUGUUUGUAAGUGACAAUAUCCACACACUUAUGUACAUUGCAAUAUUUUGUCCAUUAGUAAUUAUAACAAUAAAAAUUAAUCUUGCAAAGAAACAUACAGUAUAAGUUAACAGAUAUAUGUACAAAAUAAUCGACUCACUGUGAGUGUAAAGCUGUAAUACUCAAUGUCAGAUGUGAAAGUUACACUGCCCAGAUAAGAAUGUGAUAACGUGCCUCAAUUGUGGCAGGUGAUGCUGUCAGCUUUGGGUAGUUGUGCCAUCUCCAUCCAGGCAUUGAUGGGGCGAGGUUUGGCAGGUGUGAGCAGUACAACCCAUGCUCUGUGUUAAUUAUACAACCUGUUCCUGGGUGUGGGUUGUUGAUGCACCAGGUGCCUGGAAGUAGGUGAAUGUGUGAAAUAAUAUGUGAUGUGGGUGGCAGUGUAGCCUAACUUUGGUGUGGGUCUGUUCUGCCAAUGCCUUACACCCAGAAGAACGUAGUAAUCUUGCCAAGACUAAUGCUCCAUGGAACACCUAUGAUCCAAAGUAUUAUUAAUGUUUCUUAUAAGUGGUUAUAUUGUCUUUCUAUAAGACAUUCGAAUGUUGACAGUGUGAAUGAAACUGUUUGGUUCCCUGCGCCUGCCCCCGCCAGGGAUGAUCCGCCCGCCGGCAUCGGUACAUCACCUGCAGCCACCUGACACACUCUCUGGUGAUCUACAGUGGCACACAGGCCCACAAUAACAUUGGUAUUUACCAGUGAAAUAACGGGAAGUGUGGUGGGCGGGUGGUGGUAGCUGGGGCAGGGCAAAACUCAGACUGGAGAGCUAAAUGUUGCAUUGCUGGUGUUUACAGCUUGCUGCUGUCACCCUUUUUAUAGGUAACACUGGCAAGUAUGAAUACCAGUGAAUCAGUAUUUGACUUCAUUCUUAAUGCUCUGAUGAUUACCCAUCUAUGAGCCACCACCACCCUACACAGUCAUCAUCACUGGAGUGCCACCAGCAGCAGGCGGCGGGGGCGGCGCGGCCCUGCCCUUGCUCACUAGCGCAGUGGAGGUAUGGUAGGCUACUCACUACCAAACUGGGAAUGUGUAGCUUGGCAUGCUUACCAAAACUGAUAGUACUGAUACUGCGCCCUGUUUAAAGGCUACACUACCCACAGUUUGUAACCUGUUACUGAAUAAACAUUGUAUGUUCUUCUUUCAUAAAA